UCUUGCUGCAAGUGAUCAAGCCAAAAAGAAGUCGGAGUUGCAAAUGAAGGACCUUGCCUUUUUCGUGGGCGUUCAAGUUUCUUGGUUCUCGCCGUCAUCAAACAUUUUACAGAACAUGCCUUCCGAAGAGACCAAGGAACGUAUCACGAAGCUUGUCGAGGUUGGCCGCACUGUGAUGCACUAUGGUUGGAUACCACUCAUCAUUUACAUUGGCUAUACUCGGAGCACGCCCCAGCCUACCCUCAUCAAGCUCAUAAGCCCACUCGCAUGAGAAAUCAUGUUACCAUUGCUCCUUGCAUAGCACCCCUGCUGUAUUUUAUAAUUCAGUCUACUUAAAAGAGCCCACUCUCCGCUCAGUCUUUCACUCAAUCAGAUACUACUAGAGGUUUGAGGUCCUAUGAUGAAAUCUGAGUUGUCUAUCAUGUGAUGCAGACGGACGCAUUUGUCGACUC